AUGGCGACGGCUGGCAUGCGCGUGCUGGUGCUGGCAGCGCUGGCAGUGGGGCUGCUGGCGGCGGCGGUGAGUGGAGCGCGCGACGCCAUGAAGGUAGCCAGGGGCCUGGUCCCCACGGACGGUGGGGGCGGUGGGGUGGCUGGUGGGGCGGCGGCGGGGCAGCAGAGGAAGGGCGCGCGCAUUCUGGCGGCUGAGACCUUUGCUCACCACGCCCCUCUGCCCGACUACCUCGACCACAUCCCCCGCCGCCAGGCCCUCGCCACCUGUACGUGCUGCUACCCCUCCUCUCCCUCUCUUCCCUGCCUUGGUUCCUUAGGGCUGGUGUUCCUUUCUUCUCACAGAGCGUUCCUGCUCCCCUUCCCUCUCAUUUCUCUGCUCCCCUUCCCUCUCAUUUCUCUUCUCCCCUUGGCUCUCAUUUCUCUGCUCCCCUUUCGUCUAAUCUGCUGCUCCCCUUGGCUCUCAUUUCUCUGCUCCCCUUGGCUCUCAUUUCUCUGCUCCCCUUUCGUCUCAUCUGCUGCUCCCCUUGGCUCUCAUUUCUCUGCUCCCCUUGGCUCUCAUUUCUCUGCUCCCCUUUCCGUGUGGGCGCACGACGGUGACGAUCCGCUCGCAGUACCGUACGACCUGCACAACGACAUCUACAACAUGACCUUCUACAACGGCUGCGCCUACAACGUCACCAGCCCGCUGCGCGUGUGGCAGUGCUUCAACUUCUACAACAUUUGGGAGGGCGUCCUCGACAACCCCGCACCCAACCCCACGCAGUACCAGCAAGGCGAAAUCUUCGUGCAGACGCUGCCGGGGUACUGUGAGAUGCGCAUGAACCGCGGUGCUAGCGGCACGCUUCAGAUGCUUCCCGGGGAGACGGUGAACAUUGUGUAUGCGCAUUUGUGGGACUUCCGGCCCUGCGUGCAGGAGCUGCGGUUCGGCAACGGCAACAGCUACUCCAUGACCAACACCACCGAGUGCCAGCUCGCCAAGGUCAUUUAG